GCUGGAAAAGCGCAGCAGGUCAGGCAGCAUCCAAGGAACAGGAGAAUCGACGUUAGCUGGAAACUCUGUACUUUACCACUACUGAAGGAUUACCAGUAACAUCAAUGGCAGCCUGUAUGAUAUAUGGUAUCAAUAUCCAAUAUGGAUUUCUGAAUUCAAAUGAAGUAAAGACCCCUGCUGGUUGAAGCAAGAUGUUUUGGAGUGCUGUACUCAGGAUCACCCCUUUGGUUCUUUGGAGAGAUCUGGCACUAUUUAAGUACCCUGAUUACCUGGAUGCAUAAUCGACAAGGAAUAAGGCCCUUUCAAAGUGGAGUUAACUGCAUUUCUCAUCUUACUGACCUGGGAUGGAACUCAAUAGCAUUUAAGUACUUUUUUAGAAAAUAAUAACAAUAUAAGUUGAUCUCACGUGAAGUGGCAUUUUGCAAAUUCAAAUAUUCACACAGUUAUAGCCAAUACAUAAGUGCACCAAAAUUAAUUGGAUAGGACUGUAAAAUAGUAGAUUUGUAGAUCUGCCAAAGUUUUGAAAAGUCAAGAUUCAAUUUCAAGCUUUAUUGAGCUCUCCUAUCAGAAAUUUCCGUACAGAAUUACACAUACAAGAAUUUAAUUAUAAAUGUAUAAAGAAGCAUUAACAUUGCAAAUUACAAUAAUAUUAUAGCCUGCAGAUUAUUGUUGACCCUACUGGUCGCUCUAUUGAAGUGUUGGUAGCAAAUAAGGAGUUAUGUUCUAUCUUCCCUGGCUAAAGGAUGUGCUAAAAGAUUAUUCCUGGCAGGGAUGUUCCAACUGGUAUUAUAUUAUUGAGUUGUUUUCAUGAUCUUAUUGAACUUGUUAAUACUGCCAUAAUUGUUGUUUAAAUUCAAAACAGUAUCAUUUUCCAUGUGGCUAUUUUGCAUAAGCUGUGUUUUCAGAAUGAUAAUUUAUGGCUCGUGUAGUAUUAGCUAUUGCCACUAACUCUUCAGUUGGAAUUGAUCAACGAGAGUUCAGAGAGAACCCUUUAUUUUGAAGACAAUGGGAAUUGGAUUUAGUGCUUCGCUUGCGUUGCACUUGGUAGAGGAGGACCAGGAAGAACAAGAGAGGGCAGCUCGUGAUGUAAGAUGGCACAGACGACGAACAGUUAGAUCCCGCCGAUACCCAACACACCGGGUGUAUCGUCCCAGGCAAAGCUACUUGGGAAUGACUGAGGAACAAUGUCUUCAGCAGCUCAGGCUUAGCCGGGAGGCUGUGACAGAAUUAUGUCAUCUAUUGAAUGAGGAUCUGCAAACUCAAUCUACUAUCAGUACAGCACUGCCAGUGGCUGUGAAAGUCACUACAGCCCUGAACUUCUAUGCUGUCGGGUCAUUUCAGGCAAGCACUGGUAACAUUUGCAGUGUCAGUCAGUUUGCUGUACACAGAUCCAUCACAGAAGUUACACAUGCGUUAUUCUCCAGGGCUGACAAUUUCAUUUCUUUUCCUAUAGAUGAACAACAUCAACAGCAAAGGACAACACAUUUCUACAGGGUUGCUGGCUUUCCAAGAGUACAGGGUGUCAUUGAUUGCAUGUGUGUUGCUAUUCGGGCACCUGUGCAUGAUGCAAUGGCCUAUAUGAAUCAUAAAGGCUUUUACUCCAUUAAUGUGCAGUUGGUUAGUGAUCAUCAGCACAGAAUUAUGCAGGUUAAUGCCCACUUCCCAGGAAGCUCACAUAGUGCAUUUAUUUUAAGGCAAUCCUCAGUGCCAGCGUUAUUUGAAGGAGAAGGAAGCCUGGAAGGUUGGCUGCUGGGUGACAAAGAAUACCCGGUCCAACCUUGGCUGAUGACCCCUUUGAGACACCCAAGAACAGAAGCAGAGCAUAGGUACAAUGAAGCACAUUCAAAAACAAGGAUUACUGUUGAACGUACAAUUGGGAUUCUGAAGCAACGCUUUCGAUGCCUAGAUCGUUCAAGGGGUGCCUUACAGUACAGUCCCCACAAGGUCUCAAGAAUGAUCAUUGCCUGUUGUAUUUUGCACAAUUUUGCUCUCCAAAGAGGCCUCACAAUGGAGGAAGAACAGAAUGAAGAAUCUAUGGUAGACCAAGAGCCUGACAGUGAUGAUGAAGAAUCAGUUGAAAGAACAACAGUCCAACAGGGAAGAUUGAUGCGUCAGGCACUAAUACUUGAUGCCUUUGAGAGUUGCACAUAGCACUGUCCAGGAGAUUGAUCUUCAAUUUCUGGAGACUCCAAUCCAAUCCACCGAUGUCAACACUACUCAUAAAUGUUUUAGCAUUAUUGACAGAAUAGGGAAGAAGAGACGAAGCUGUGAUCUAAAUAUUAUUGAGAAUAAUGACCAAAGUCACAAAUAACUUACACAAUAGUUGAUAAUUCAAAAUGCUGUUCAAGUGGAGGUGCGAUACAGGUACUCCCAAGCACUGCAGAGUUGCUUCAACAUUGACGAGGCAGCCCAAUCCAAGAGCGAGGACCUGGUGAUCCUCGACACCAGAACUUUCUCAUGGUUGUUGACAGCAAGCCUGUUGCACAGCAGCGGCAAGGUUCCUCAGCAACUGGAUCUCAGAGCGGAACAGCGAAGUCCUUGCUUCAGCCUUCACCAUUGGUAGCUUAGCAGUGGGAGAGGAUAUGCUGCAAGUCUCUUGGGACUGGUCAGAGUUGUGAUUGGAAUAGCAUUCAAUGUAGGAGACGAGAGCAACUCUUUUAAUCACAGAUUCUGUCUCUCCCAUGCUUGCUGUUACACCUCCUCUAAUCACAGAUCUCUUAUUUGCUGCUUCUAGUGCUUCUCCAGAUACUGAAUUUUCAAUUGGAGAAGAAAGCAGUUUUUUUGCCAUCUCAAAAUUUUGUCACUCUAGGCAACCCCUUAUUUGCUUAACAGUUGUAAUGACCAUGUAUUCUUCCCAGAUGCCUAUACUGUAGAUGCAGAGUUGGACAACACUCUGCUACUGUGCUUCAGUAAUGUUUAAUAUGAGGAGUGAGUGCUUGUUUGGCUACUAAGCUGCACACAUAGCCAGUGACAGAGAUCCACAAAAGCUGUCAGUCAAGAGAAUCCCAGCUCUGAGUCAGCUAUAUCCAUGGAAGAAAACGAUUUAUGAGUGAACUUUGUAGUUAGGUGUAAAAUAGCUUAUCAUUUAUUCAUUUGUUUUUUUGGGACCUUGAUUUAUGCAAACUGCCUAUCAUGGUUCUUACAUUACAGUGGUAAUCACACUUUGCAAGUGCAUGUUUGGUUCUGAAAGCCUUUGAGAUACUCUGAUGUUAUAAAAGGUGUUCUAAAAAUACAGAGCUCUUUCAUCUUCAAACUCAAAUGAUCUUGUUGGGUUACCUUUCAAACAGUCUUUUGGAAUUCUUCAAAGAUUUGCAAAGUCUUUGUGUGAUAAUAUAUCCAUUCAAUUCAGUGUGAUGUGUUUUCUAUAAUUAACUUCUCACAGAUCCUGAGCACAAAAUUA